AUGGCCUGGGCCCCUCUCCUCCUCACCCUCCUGGCUCACUGCACAGGAUCCUGGGCCCAGUCUGUGCCAACUCAGCCGGCCUCAGUGUCGGGGUCCCCGGGCCAGACGGUCACCAUCUCCUGCACUGGAAGCAGCUCCAACAUUGGGGGUUACAAUGUGCACUGGUACCAGCAGCUCCCAGGAAAGGCCCCCAAACUCAUCAUCUAUGGUAAUAGCAACCGACCCUCAGGGGUCCCGAACCGAUUCUCUGGCUCCAAGUCUGGCAGCUCAGGCACCCUGACCAUCACGGGGCUGCAGGCUGAGGACGAGGCCAGUUAUUUCUGCCAGUCCUAUGACAGCAGUCUGA